UUUUUUACUGACAUUGUAAACAGAUUUUAAAAAAGUGGAUUUCCUGAAUCACAGGUUUUGUUUUAGAUGGAUAACAAGUUAAAGCUGCUUGGUGAACAGUCGCACCGACUUAACUUUUGAUUAGUUCUUUUAAAGAAAGGAGCCACAUCGUGGACUGGGAGGAGAUCAUGUGAAAGGGAGGAGGAACGGUGUGUCAAGGUGACAAACCUAUUCAGAAGGGAAGAUUCAGGAAAUGCUUCCACACAGUCGCUCUCCUGUCACUCCACCCUCAACAACAUGGACAAGAGGAAAAUUGUGAUCUUGGGAAAAACCGGAGUUGGGAAAAGCAGCGUGGCGAACACCAUAUUAGGAGAGAACGUGUUCCAGAUCGGCAACACUUUCAUCUCUGAACCAAAAUGCCAGAGAGAAACCAGACGUGUUGAUGGAAGAGACGUCACCUUGAUCGAUAUUCCUGGUUUGUUCGACACGGGUCGACCUGAAGAGGAGCUAAAGGCUGAAAUAGUGAAGUGCAUCACAGAGUGCUCUCCUGGGCCUCAUGCUUUUCUCAUAGUGUUUAAGGUGGAGCCAUUCACAGAUCAGGAGCAGGAAGUGAUCAAUAAAAUAAACCAAUACUUCUCUGAAGAAGCUUUCAAGUAUGCAACAGUCCUCUUUACUCAUGGUGACCAGCUGGAUGAAGGACAGACUAUUGAGGAAUAUUUCCACAACAAUCAUCUUGUGAGGGAUCUGAUGAAGAAGUGUGGAGGCCGCUGCUAUGUCAUUGAUAACAAAUACUGGAAGAACAACCAGCUGGAUGAUUACAGGAGCAACCAGUUCCAAGUGAAGCAGCUGAUGAAGACCAUCGAUCACAUGAUUGAGGCAAACAAGGGACGCAGCUACACCAACGAGCUGCUACAAGCUGUGGAGACACUGAGACAAGAGGAGAAGGAAAAGAUCGGACAGUCACCAGGAAACAAGACAGAGGAUGAGAUCAUAGAGGAGGCUAAAAAGAGAGUAUCUGCAAAGCCUUUGAUCCAUUUGACAGGUAUUUUAACAGGCGCAAUGUUAGGAGCUCUUCUUGGUAGCUUCCUGACGGUUGCAGAGGUUCUCAAAGUUCUAAACGAAUCCCUGUCGGAAGAAGUAGUCAAAGUAUUUUUAGUGAUACCGUCAGGGGUACAAAGAGUCACAGCAACAACAGAAGCAGCUCGAAAAACAGCACUCUCAGUGAUGGUGGCAGGUGCUUUAGGAGGAGCGAUCAAAGGAGGUUUUAUAGGAUACAAUGCUGGCGAAGAAGCAGCCACACUGAGCGAAGCAGUAAAGACGGCAGCAAAAGCUGUCGUUAAUGUAACUGCUUUCUUCAAAGAUCAGGAAAAAACAGCAAAUUGGAAUUAAUUUAAUCGGCCUUUAAUCGUGUCAUUAAAAAUGUCUAUUUUCUAAAUAAACUAUUGAGAUGAUGGUGUUCGUAUGUAACAGGUUGAACUUCUUGCGUGAGCUUUCUUCUAUUUUCUGACUCUUUUCUAAAGCGUGUUGCAGAGCAAAGUGCUUCCUGACUAAAGAAAGUUCAAUCUUUUCUUAUGCCUGAUUUGCUAUUUCUUAUAUGUAUUAUCAACUGUGGCCACAAACCACAAAUAUAAUGUUGUUUCAUGAUCAAACUAUGUGGUCUGUUGGAUGUUGAAUCAUUGUUCCCUGUUUCCUGUUACAAAGUUAACCAGAAAAUGUUUUUGUUUCUAUUUACAUCAUUUUGUGAGACAAUAAUUGUAGUUUUCUGUAGAUUAAAAAGUAUUAGCAAGACAAAUAAAAACAUGAACAAAUUGAA